UAGUGGUGGAAUCCGCGCAAUGAGUGAUCGAGGGGGGCCAUUCUGUUUCAUACGGCCACUGGAAACUCUGUGCACCCUGUCAACUGUCAGAGGAGUUGAGAAAGCCUCCGCGCCAAAAGUUUCUUUCAGGAAUAUCUCAGUAAAAGCGGAUGGCUGCGAGCCCUCAACUUUUUCAGUUUCACUUGCGGUGUGGCAGCAUGUGACUGUGACAAAAGGUCAGACAGUCGAUUUAAGCUGCCCAAUUAUUCAUGCUCACCAGAGUGUGGAGUGGAAGAACCCUGAAGGAUAUAUUAUGUUCUUCAAGCACAAUCAAGCUGAAGUGUCCAGAGGUGUAAAGGAUCAACGCUACACCAUCAAAGACCUAUCCGAGUCAGAAUUCACCAUCAGUAUAUCUGAUGUCACCUUCAAAGAUGGAGGAAACUACACAUGCUCUCACUAUGACACCCAUAUAACAGAGAAAACAGUACUGUUGACAGUGUUAGGUAAUCCCAUAAUAACCAAAGUAAAGCGUGGACGACGGUUUGAUAUGAAAUGCAUUGCUGAGGGGAACCACUAUCCUCCACAGAUCUUCUGGAAAUUGGAUCAUGGGCCUGAAAUUCUUGCUAAUUCCCAAGUCCUGCAGGAAAGUGAAAGAUAUGUCUCAAAGGCUAUGUUAAGUGUUCAGUCUGUGGAAAACAGAGUCACUGUGGAAUGCCUUGUUCAUCACCCAGCACUAUACUCACAACCUCUGAUUGAUUUUGUCAAAAUUGGAAAAAAUGCCAUAAAGGCCAGCCAAACAACCACAACCAGAUUACCCACAGCUCAUCCUCAAAGACCAACAGAGGUGAGGAGAACAACAACUAGCUGGUUACAUGGGAGAACAACAGUAUACCUCACAACCAGAGAUGUGACUGGGUUUCCAUCAGAGAGCUCCAAAAAGUUAUCAACUGUUCCUUCCAGUCAGCUGUUUUCCUCUAAUGAGCCAAAUACGGUUACAACACCCACUGGAUUAUCUGUGAAUCCUGUUACAUCCACAGGCUCACUUCUCAGCACUAAUGACUCAUUCAGGGAGAGGAAUGACACAAUCAGCAAUACAAUAAGAACGACAGGCUGGACAUCAGUCUCUGAGACAACAGAGGUGAUCACAUCCUAUAACCAUACAGAGGGAAACACAACAGGAAGCUUUAAUGGCCCAAAGAUGCAGACACGAACCAAAGGAAAUUCACCUUUACUGGUCUUACUGGUGACAUGCCUGAUAUUUGGUCUUCUGGUGGUGGUAAUUUUUUUUGCCAUGAAGUUGAGAAGAGCGCACAUCACCUGGAAAAGAGUUUUUAUUGUUGCAGAGAAUGACGACUCUGAUCCAUCUGAGGAAAGCAGUAAAUCCAAAUCAAGCCAGGAAGAGAAGAACUCCCAAGGACAAAGGCGAAGAGGGCUUUUCAACACAGCAUUUACACAGUACGUUGUUGAAGAACCACCAGUGAUAUUCUCAGUGAUAAACACCACUGUGAUGCCAACAACAGAGACUGAAAAUAAAGAGCAAACUGAGAGACACACUUCAGCCAAAUGUGACAUAAAGGAGACAGAACUGUAAAAAAUUAUGUAUAUAUAACAUGGGCAGUAUCACCAGCACCACGCUCACGGAUUAAGAUGAUCAAUUCUUUUUUCUUUUUACUACACUUGUAACUAAAAUGUGCAUGUUUACACAGAAAAUGUUUUAACACAAUGCUUAUAUCUGCAGUAGGCUAUUCAGUUGUACUGUAUAAAUACUUUGUACAUUAUUUACAUUUUUGUAUCAAUAAAUUGUAUUUUUGCAUACUUUAAA